GGAGAGGAGGCCAGGUCCCCCUCCUUCCCUCGGAAAAGGACAAACAAAAAUCCGGGAUGGGAUGCGGUUGCCAAGGCAACCAGACUGGACGUCAGCGCAGGCGCGGAGGCUGGGGCAGAAUCCCUCUCCUUUGGGGGAAAGGAAGCCAGGGAGGAAGGAAAGGCAAAAGGAAGGAAGGCGCCUUCCCUUCCGGCUUGGGGACCCCCUUCCCUGGUCGAGAAGAAGAGGGGAGCCCCCUCCCCUGAACCCCAAAGGGAGCUUCCUGGGCGUUUUCCGCGGCCAUCUUCGCAGCCUCGCCCUCCGCAGCGCAACGUGAGGAAGAGGAGGAGGAGGAAGAGAAAGAGAGGGAAGGAGGCCAUGCGAGGAAACGAGGAGGAAGAGGAAGAGGAGGAAGAGGAGAAGGGCAUCCCUUUCCCCCCGGGCCUCUCCGAAGACGAGGAGGGUCUCCUGGAAGCUCUGGAGGACUUCUACCCGAACGAGGAGCUGCUGAAGAAGAAGAAGAAGCCGAAGAAGACCAAGGAAGCCAAGGCCUCCAAAGUCAAGCGGAAGAAGAAGGAGGGAAGCUUCGAUUUGGAAAUCCCUGAAAACGAGGAGGAACUGGUCUUGAGGGAGAAAUCGGAGAGCGAAGGCAGUGACUAUUCCCCCAAUAAGAAGAAGAAGAAGAAGCUGAAAGAGAAGAAGGAAAAAAAGGCCAAGCGAAAGAAGAAGGCGGAGGAGGAGGAGGAAGAUGACAAUGAAGAUGGAGGGUUGAAGGAACCCAAGACGUCUGCGCAGCUGAUGGAGGAGUGGGGCCUGGACGACGUAGACUACGCUUUCUCCGAGGAGGACUACCACAUGCUGACCAACUACAAGGCCUUCAGCCAGUUCCUGAGGCCACUGGUGGCCAAGAGGAACCCCAAGAUACCCAUGUCGAAGAUGAUGACUGUCCUGGGCGCCAAGUGGAGGGAGUUCAGCGCCAACAACCCUUUCAAAGGAAGCUCCGCUGCAGCGGCGGCGGCGGCUAUAGCUGCGGCCGUGGAAACUGUGGCCGUGGCGCCCAACCCCCCCUCCCACCCAGCCCCACCCUUGCUGACCCCACCCCUCCCAGCCAUCCGGAAAGCCAAGACCAAGGAAGGCAAAGGUCCUGGUGUCAAGAAGAAGGUCAAGAGCGCCAAGGAUAACAAGAAGAAGGGGAAGGCCAAGAAGCCGGCGUCUCUCAAGUUCCGCUUUGGAGGGAUCGCCAGCAAGAGGAAAAAGGGCUCUUCGAGCGAGGAAGAAGAGCGGGACGAGUCGGAUCUGGACAGCGCCAGCAUCCACAGUGUGUCGGUCCGAUCCGAAGCCUCCUCCGGCCAGAGCAAGAAGGGCAAGAAGAGGAAGAAGAAGAAGAAAACCGAAGACGGCGACGGCUACGAGACGGACCACCAGGACUACUGCGAGGUGUGCCAGCAAGGCGGGGAGAUCAUCCUGUGCGACACCUGCCCGCGCGCCUACCACCUGGUCUGCCUGGACCCCGAGAUGGAGAAGGCCCCCGAGGGCAAGUGGAGCUGCCCACACUGCGAGAAGGAAGGCAUCCAGUGGGAGCCGAAAGAUGAAGAAGAGGAGGAAGAGGAAGACCUUUGCGAGGAAGCCGACGACCACAUGGAGUUCUGCCGAGUCUGCAAAGAUGGCGGGGAGCUGCUCUGCUGCGACACGUGCCCGUCCUCCUACCACAUCCACUGCCUCAACCCGCCGCUGCCGGAAAUCCCCAACGGCGAAUGGCUCUGCCCGCGGUGUACGUGCCCACUAUUGAAAGGCAAAGUUCAGCGGAUUCUCCAUUGGAAAUGGAAAGAACCUUCUCCUCUGCUGACCUCUGACUCAACGGACCCCGAGUUGCCUGUUCUGCCUCUCCCAAAGCCCCGGGAAGGGCCCCCCGAGCGUGAAUUCUUCGUCAAAUGGGCUGGCCUCUCAUAUUGGCAUUGCUCCUGGGUCAAAGAGCUGCAGCUGGAGCUGUACCACACAGUGAUGUUCCGCAAUUACCAAAGGAAAAACGACAUGGAUGAUCCGCCACCCUUCGACUACGGCUCCGGUGACGAGGACGGGAAGAUCGAGAAGCGGAAGAAGAAGGACCCCCAUUACGCCAAGAUGGAAGAGAGGUUCUACCGCUAUGGGAUCAAGCCCGAGUGGAUGAUGGUUCACCGGAUCCUCAACCACAGCUUCGACAAGAAGGGAGAGGUCCAUUAUUUGAUCAAGUGGAAAGACCUGCCCUAUGACCAAUGCACUUGGGAGGUGGACGAGAUCGACAUCCCUUACUACGAGAACUUCAAGCAGCUCUACUGGCAUCACAGGGAGAGGAUGCUGGGAGAAGAGAGCGGCCAGGUUUCCAAACAUCUGAGCCAGAAAGAUAAGAAACUGAGCGAUGAAAAAGUCGAGCGUCCCCCGGAAACUCCACUUGUGGAUCCGACUGUGAAAUUCGACAAGCAGCCGUGGUAUAUCAACACAACCGGGGGAACGCUGCACUCGUAUCAACUGGAAGGGCUGAACUGGUUGCGGUUCUCUUGGGCGCAAGGGACGGACACGAUCCUGGCCGACGAAAUGGGCCUCGGAAAGACCGUCCAGACCAUUGUGUUCCUUUACUCCCUUUACAAAGAGGGUCACUCCAAAGGUCCGUACCUGGUCAGCGCCCCGCUUUCCACCAUCAUCAACUGGGAGCGCGAGUUCGAGAUGUGGGCGCCCGAGUUCUACGUGGUCACCUACACGGGGGACAAGGAGAGCCGGUCGGUCAUCCGGGAGAACGAGUUCUCCUUCGAGGACAACGCCAUUCGGGGCGGAAAGAAAGUCUUCCGAAUUAAGAAAGAAGCCCAAAUCAAGUUCCACGUCCUGCUGACCUCCUAUGAACUCAUCACCAUUGACCAGGCCAUCCUGGGGUCGAUCGAGUGGGCCUGCCUCGUGGUGGAUGAAGCCCACCGGCUGAAGAACAACCAGUCCAAAUUCUUCAGGGUCCUCAACAGCUAUAAGAUCGACUACAAGCUGCUCUUGACGGGGACACCACUGCAGAAUAACCUGGAGGAGCUCUUCCACUUGCUCAACUUCCUCACCCCAGAAAGGUUCAACAACCUGGAGGGCUUCCUGGAGGAGUUUGCGGACAUCUCCAAGGAGGACCAGAUCAAGAAGCUGCACGACGUGCUGGGGCCCCACAUGCUGCGGAGGCUCAAGGCCGACGUCUUCAAGAACAUGCCCGCCAAGACCGAGCUCAUUGUCCGCGUUGAGCUCAGCCAGAUGCAGAAGAAAUACUACAAGUUAAUUCUGACGAGAAACUUUGAGGCCUUGAAUUCGAAAGGCGGUGGCAGUCAAGUCUCCCUCCUCAACAUCAUGAUGGACCUCAAGAAAUGCUGCAACCACCCAUAUCUUUUUCCUGUGGCCGCCGUGGAAGCCCCGGUCUUGCCAAAUGGCUCCUAUGAUGGAAAUUCCCUGGUGAAAUCCUCCGGAAAGUUGAUGCUGUUGCAAAAGAUGCUCAAGAAGCUGCGGGAUGGCGGUCAUCGGGUGCUUAUCUUCUCCCAGAUGACCAAAAUGCUCGACUUGCUGGAGGACUUUUUGGAAUAUGAAGGGUACAAAUACGAGCGCAUCGAUGGCGGGAUUACUGGAGGACUGAGGCAAGAAGCCAUUGACCGGUUUAACGCUCCGGGAGCUCAGCAGUUUUGUUUCUUGCUUUCCACCCGGGCCGGCGGUUUGGGCAUCAACCUCGCAACAGCAGAUACCGUUGUUAUUUAUGAUUCGGACUGGAACCCCCACAACGACAUACAGGCCUUCAGCCGGGCGCACCGGAUCGGCCAGAACAAGAAGGUGAUGAUCUACCGUUUCGUAACCCGGGCCUCAGUGGAGGAGCGCAUCACACAGGUGGCCAAGCGUAAGAUGAUGCUGACCCACCUGGUGGUCCGGCCCGGGUUGGGCUCCAAGUCAGGAUCCAUGACCAAGCAGGAGCUGGACGACAUCCUGAAAUUCGGGACUGAGGAGCUCUUCAAGGAUGACGUGGAGGCCAUGAUGUCUCAAGCCCAACGAAUCGGCCUGCCAGAGGUGGUUAAUCCUUUCGCCGAGGCACCGGCUUUGAAAGGAGGGGCAGCAACCCCUGGCAUCAAGAAAAAACAUGGUGGACCUCCACCGGGCGACAACAAAGACGUGGAGGACAUCAGCGUGAUCCAUUACGACGACGCGGCCAUCUCCAAGCUCUUGGAUCGCAACCAGGAUGCCAGCGACGACACGGAGCUGCAGAACAUGAACGAGUAUCUCAGCUCUUUUAAAGUGGCCCAGUAUGUUGUGAGAGAAGAGGACGGUGUGGAGGAGGUGGAGCGAGAAAUCAUCAAACAGGAGGAGAACGUGGAUCCUGAUUAUUGGGAGAAGCUCCUACGGCACCAUUACGAGCAGCAGCAGGAGGAUCUCGCCCGCAACCUUGGGAAAGGGAAGCGCGUUCGGAAGCAGGUCAACUACAACGACACCUCGCAAGAGGACCAAGAGUGGCAGGACGAACUUUCGGACAACCAGUCAGAGUACUCCAUUGGCUCUGAAGACGAGGACGAGGACUUUGAGGAGCGGCCUGAAGGUCAGAGUGGCCGGAGGCAAUCCCGACGGCAACUGAAGAGUGACCGGGACAAGCCGCUCCCACCGUUGUUGGCACGAGUGGGGGGUAACAUUGAGGUUCUGGGUUUCAACGCCCGGCAGCGCAAGGCCUUCCUGAAUGCCAUCAUGCGAUGGGGAAUGCCUCCCCAGGACGCCUUCAACUCCCACUGGCUGGUGCGGGACCUGCGGGGGAAAAGCGAGAAGGAGUUUCGAGCCUAUGUCUCCCUGUUCAUGCGCCAUUUGUGCGAGCCAGGAGCGGAUGGUGCCGAGACCUUUGCGGAUGGCGUUCCCCGGGAAGGGCUGUCACGCCAACACGUCCUGACCCGCAUUGGUGUCAUGUCACUGGUCCGGAAGAAGGUUCAAGAGUUUGAGCCCGUGAACGGGAAAUAUAGUACUCCAGACCAUAUUCCUGAAGGCUCGGAGAUCAAGAAGUGUGGUGAAACACCCUCUUCGGACCCAAAUACCCCCGUCCCAGCUAGUCCAGCUCAUGUCCAAACGGGAGCCGCGAUUCAGCCAGUUUCGGACAAAGCAGAAGCGCAACCGGGGCUUUCCGAAGAGAAGGAACAAAGUGAACCAUGGGCCAAGAAGGACAACCAGGCACCAGGGAAUGGCGAAAAGAUAGAGGAGAAGGACGUGGUAGCGGCGGCAGAGAGCCAAGCAAAAUCCGGAGAGGAAAGCACCACCGCGGAGAGGACAGAGGCCUUGGCAGAGCCGCCGGUGCAAGACAAAACUGCUCUGGAGAAGGAAAAAAAUCCUGUGGAAAAGCCAGACCUGAAUGCCGACAAAGACAGCAAGCCAGCCGAGGAGGUGAAGGAAGAGGAGAAAGAGCAGUCCGAGGCUCAGCAAAACGGCGAGAAGGAGACCGAGGAAGACGGCAAGAAGGACGACAAGAACAGCACCCGCUUCAUGUUCAACAUCGCGGACGGUGGCUUCACAGAGCUGCACACGCUUUGGCAGAAUGAGGAGAGGGCCGCGGUUUCUUCGGGGAAGGUCUACGACACCUGGCACCGGCGCCACGACUACUGGCUCCUGGCGGGCAUCGUCACCCAUGGCUACGCUCGUUGGCAGGACAUCCAGAACGACCCCCAUUUCGUCAUCCUCAACGAGCCCUUCAAGUCCGAAAUCCACAAAGGGAACUAUCUGGAGAUGAAGAACAAGUUCUUGGCUCGGCGUUUCAAGUUGCUGGAGCAGGCCUUGGUGAUCGAGGAGCAGCUCCGCCGGGCGGCCUACCUCAACAUGAGCCAGGACCCUGGCCACCCGGCCAUGGCCUUGAACGCCCGCCUGGCUGAAGUGGAGUGCCUUGCCGAGAGCCACCAGCACCUCUCCAAGGAGUCGCUAGCGGGAAACAAGCCCGCCAAUGCCGUCCUCCACAAAGUCCUGAACCAGCUGGAGGAGCUCUUGAGCGACAUGAAGGCCGACGUGACCCGACUCCCUUCCAUGCUGUCCCGCAUCCCGCCAGUCGCUGCUCGCUUGCAGAUGUCCGAGAGGAGCAUCCUCAGCCGCUUGACCAACCGGGGAAGUGACCCCAACAGCCAGCAGGCUUCCUUCGGUUCCUCCCAGCUCUACAGCAACAACUUUGGGCCAAAUUUCCGGGGUCCGGGACCGGGCGGGCUUAUAAACUACAGCCAGAUGCCUUUGGGACCUUAUGUGACCGAUAUUUAGGCGUUUGCAAGAGUUCCCCCAUUGCUGCAAGAGUAAAUCAUCUCCGAACCCACCGGAUAAAAAGAGUUCCCCCGAAGAUGGGUCGGCGAGGAACGGCGUAUCAUCAUCCGCAAAGGUGAUGACAGCCGGCUUUGGCAACCUGUGCUCAGCUCACUUCAAAAGCGCUUUUUCACCAUCCUCUGAAGAAGAGGACGGGACUCUCAUUUCAUGAACUCUGUUGAGACGAUGGAUUUUUUUCCUUCUGCCUCCUUCCCCCCACUUACUCUCUUCUUUGCACUUUCUUCAGAAGAUGACUGGAUCGAGGGAGAUUAUUGCGUUUUUUGGUCAGGUUAUUUUUUGUUGAGACUGGACACUUGGAGCAAAUGCAUUUGGGCCAAAUACCAAUUUUUAAAAACCCCAAAUAUUUGGGAAUAGGUGAUAGUUCUGAUUAUGGGCCCAGGAUGUCGCCGUUUUGGGAAGUGUAACAGGGACCCACACUGACUCCCCAAAAAGCUACCUUAAUUUGUAAGAGAAUGACCCCACGAUUCCAGGAACGUGUUG